AUGCCACGACUCCUGAGAAGUGUCCUCUGUGUCAUCGAGACCUUCCAUAAGUAUGCCAGGGAGGAUGCUGAUGGGGAGACACUGACCUACAGAGAACUGAAACAGCUUCUCCAAGGCGAGUUUGGGGACAUCCUUCAGCCACAUGUCAUUCAUGCUGUGAAGAAAACCAUGCACAUUCUGGAUAUUGGCAACAACAGCAGCAUCCGUUUUGAUGAAUUUGUCCUUGCAAUCUGCAACUUGUUGAACUAUUGUUAUCUUGACAUACAAUCCUUAAAUUUAGGAAGACAGACAAUUCAGCCAGAGAAGGAAAAGGCAGAUGAUGUGGAUCCUCAAACCACCAGUAGAAAUGGUCAGCAAACAGAGGACAUGCCACUGACCCAAGACAGAGUGGUGCUUCCUUCAGGAAUGGUGCCAUCACCUCGACUCAACCUAGAAGAAAGGGGACAAGCUGAAAACAAUAGGGUGGGCCCACAGGAAGACUCCAAGACUCCUAAACUGUCAAGAGAAUCAUCUGAACACACUGACUCUAAGAACCAACAUCUGGCAGCAGAUGAACAGGACCAGGACAUAGUCCAGGAUAUGCAAGCGGUAGGAGACAACAGGGUCCACUUUGAAAUAAGCAAGGCAAGGACAGCAUCACAACAGACCAGUGGUCCCAGAGAGCAUGAGGAACCGGACAAGGAGAUUCCCAGAGAGGGAGAUAAACCAGCCUGGGAACAAAGUGCCAUGAUAGCAAGAGGCCUUUUGGAAGAACAGAAAGGGAACUUGAGAGCCCAGAGUGCCUCAGCCGAAGAAAGAGUACAGAGUCCAUCUGAAGAUCAUAAAGUUGCCAUUGAAAAUGAUGUUAAGGAACAUUCUGAAAUACAAGAACCAUCCCUGCAAGCAGAAAAUGAGUUCAGUUCAGAGCAUGCUGAUCGGCUAGAACAAACUGUUAAAGGUAAACCAUCUCAGACACAGAAACCAACUGUUGCCGAGGAUGAUGGCAGAACAUCAGAGCUUCAAGAACCAGGAAAAGAUGCUGACCAGAUACCACCAGAGACAAAGCAUUCAGCUGAGCCUGACGAGGAUGGUAGAACAUCUGAAACCCAAGAGCCACCAGCACAGGAAACCAAGAGCUUGGAAGUCCAAGAGGAGCAAAAUGUUUCAGGAAUACUUGAUAUUAAAACUGAAAGGAAACUGGGGAGAAAUCAUGAGUCUCAGGGAACAACAGGGCAGAAAGAAAGGGAGAGAAGAUUCCAGACACCAGCCCUAGAAGUACAAAUACAGGACAGGAAGUCUCAGGAACUCCAGGGACCAUCACAAGAAAGGGAUGCUUCAAAAGGGUCUGAGACACAGAAUCAAGGGUCUGAAGGAACAGAUGGGUGUCUUCCUGAAGUUGAAGGAAUGGUAGUCCCAGGUGGAGAUGUAAGCGACAAUGAAAGAGGCCAAGCAGAAGCAGUUGCAGGCAGCAAAAAUGCUCCAAUAGCAAAAGGAACACCAGCAGCCAGAGCAGGUGCACAGACGUCCACACCACUUGAAAGCCAGUCUAAGGGGAAAAGGGAUAGGGUCGCCAAGAGUCAGGACAAACCAAUGACAAAGGAAAACAGCUAUGAGGGGGAAGAACCUGCACCGCCAGCCACGCAGAAUGGUGAAGGGGCCUCUGAAACUGCCAAUCGCCCAGCGCCAGAGGAAUGGAAGAGCAGCUCGGAAGCAGGUCCCCUGCCUGCCCCAGUGUAUGCCCAGGGUUGGGUAGACCCACAGGGAGAGUUGACACACGGAAGUCGCAAUAAUGAUCCAGAUGCCCAGACACAGGCAGUGGUGAGUGAGGAAUGCGGAAUCCAGGAGACCGUGGUGCUGGUGGUGGUCAGGGGAGAGGCAGAGCAGCUCACAGAGGAACCCCACCAGUCUCCUAGAGAAAACAAGAGCCAGGGCUCAGGGAGCAGAGGGCCAGGCCCAGCUGUGGAGCUUAAUGAACACGCAGGGGCACAGCAGCCUGGAGCAGGUGGUGAAAACAGCAAAUCUGAGGCGACCGAGAUUCCAGGAGCCCUGGAUGCAGACUCCAAUGGCCACCUUGCCAGAGAACAAGAACUUGCCACGGGAGAUGGCAAGAAAAAACGGAAGGCUCAGGGCCCAGGUACCAAAGAAGAGGAAGGUGGAGCACAAGAGACCCAGGAGACUUCAUUUAAAAGUGUGGAAAGGGGUGAUUCAGCCUUUGCUGAUGCACACUCUGAGACAGAGGAAACGGCAACAUCACAGGAAGAGGAUGAGAGUCUUGAGGAAGUGGCAGAGCAUGAUGGCCAACAACAUCCAGCGAAGACAGGGCAUUACCCUCCAGUCCUUCCGGCAGGCCUGGACGAGACGCAGAGAGGCCAACAGCCCUGUUCGGUGAAGAAGGGUUCAGUCCAUCCUAGUUCACUAUACAAGAGUGUUCAGGAAGAGAGUCCACAACAAGCAGACAUAAGCCGAGAGAAGCAACAAAAACGAGCUAGGCCAGCCAGAGCCUCCAGCCUAGAGCUCAGAACCAACCAGUCAAGGGUGUCGCUCGCCAGCGAGAUAACUAACGGUCUUGCCGUUGUUGACCACAGGCAAGCAUUACAAGAGCACAAUGUUGAUGGGGCUCCUGCUGACCCAGAGCAGACAUCAGUGGUCCAGGCCCAGGAAGACAAGCAAGGUCACCCUCAGAGGGAAGAAGCAAUGCCACAGAGAGGAGAGCAUCACAAAGCAAUGAACCAUUAUUGUUAUUCUAAGAGAAGGACCUUCGGACACCUCAACAUGCCCCAGGUUUAUUUCCUUCCAGCCACCCCUAAGCUCAUAAAGCAUGCAGAUGCAAAUUGA